UCAGUAUACGAGUGUCGUUCAUACCGUCUAGAGGUGUUUGGGUUUCUAGUCUGCAACGCAACACAACACAGAGAACAAACGGAAGGAAACUAAACACUUUUUAAAAAAAUUUGAAAAAGAAGUGAAAAAAAAUUAACAUAAAAUAAUAACAAAGAGAUUUAAAAGAAUAUUAAAAAAAAUUGAAUCAAUGACCACAAAUUGUUGAAAAAAACUGAAAGGAUAUUUACUUUUCCAAAAGGUCAUAAGUUAAUAAAAGAAAAUAAAAAAAAAACAGAAAUCAAAAUGCCAGUGGAUAAAGGACUGUAUUAUCCAAAUCCGGCCAUUAGCAAAAAUGCCUACAUAUCCAGCAUGGAGGAGUACAAAAAAUUCUACGAUGAGUCCAUAGAAAAUCCCGAGGAAUUCUGGUCUCGUGUGGCCAAACAAUUCCACUGGGAGACCCCAGCUGAACCCAAGAAAUUCUUGCAAUAUAAUUUCGAUAUUAGCAAAGGACCCAUUUCCAUCAAAUGGAUGGAGGGAGCCUCCACAAAUAUAUGCUAUAAUCUGCUGGAUCGUAAUAUACGCAAUGGAUUGGGUGAUAAUAUUGCCUAUUAUUGGGAAGGCAAUCACCCAGAUGACUACUCACGUGGCCUCACCUAUCGCAAACUGCUGGAGGAGGUCUGCCGUUUUGCCAAUGUCCUCAAGGACCACGGCAUCCAGAAGGGUGAUCGUGUCUCCAUCUACAUGCCCAUGAUUUUAGAACUACCCAUUGCCAUGUUGGCAUGUGCCCGUAUUGGUGCUGUACAUUCCAUUGUCUUUGCCGGUUUCUCGUCCGACUCAUUGGCCGAACGUAUGGUCGAUUGUCAGGCUAAACUCUUGAUUACCGCCGAUGGGGCAUGGCGUGGUGAGAAACCUUUGUACCUGAAAGCUUUGUGUGAUAUUGCCAUGACCAAGGCCGAGGAAAUGGGUCAUGUUGUGGAGAAAUGUAUAGUUGUGUCGCAUUUGAAACGUGUCACACCAUGCCAGGAGAAUCAUGUCGAACAGGAUAUACCCUGGACUGAGGAUCGUGAUUUUUGGUGGCACGAAGAAAUGGAAGAUAAAGAGCCAGCUUGCUAUCCCGAAUGGAUGGAUGCCGAGGAUCCAUUGUUUAUGUUGUACACCAGUGGUUCGACGGGCAAGCCAAAGGGUGUUCUACACACCACCGGUGGUUAUUUGUUGUAUGCUGCCACAACCUUUAAAAUUGUAUUUGAUUAUAAACCCGGUGAUAUUUACUGGUGCACUGCCGAUGUUGGCUGGAUUACUGGUCAUACUUAUGUUGUAUAUGGUCCCUUGGCCAAUGGGGCGUCGUCGGUUAUUUUUGAAGGCACACCCUUCUAUCCUGACAAUGAUCGCUACUGGGCCGUUAUUGACAAGUACAAGGUCACCCAAUUCUAUACUGCUCCUACCGCUAUCAGAGCUUUGAUGAAAUUCGGAGAUGGUUUGGUGGCCAAACAUAAAUUGGAUCAUUUGAGAGUUUUGGGCAGUGUCGGCGAACCCAUUAAUCCCGAGGCCUGGUUGUGGUAUUAUCGUAAUAUUGGCAAGGAGAGAUGUUCCAUUGUAGACACUUUCUGGCAGACAGAAACUGGUGGUCAUGUGAUUACACCCUUGCCAGGUUGUACGCCCAUGAAACCAGGAUCAGCAUCAUUCCCCUUCUUUGGUGUCAAACCCAUACUCUUGGAUGAAGCCGGCAUUGAAAUCCAAGGUGAAGGUGAGGGUUAUUUGGUCUUCUCCCAACCCUGGCCAGGUAUGAUGCGCUCGCUGUUCAAUAACCAUGAACGCUAUGAAGAGACCUACUUCUCCAAAUUCCCCGGUUAUUAUUGUACCGGUGAUGGUGCCAGACGUGAUGCCGAUGGUUAUUUAUGGAUUACCGGUCGUGUAGAUGAUAUGUUAAAUGUUUCCGGACAUCUUAUGUCCACAGCCGAAGUUGAGUCGGUACUCACAGAACAUCCUCGCGUUGCCGAAUCAGCUGUUGUUGCACGUCCCCACCCUGUUAAGGGUCAAUGUUUGUAUUGUUUCAUUACGCCCAAUGAAAAUGAGAAAUUCGAUGCUAAAAUGAUAGCCGAACUGAAGAAGCUGGUAAGAGAGCGUAUCGGUCCAUUUGCCAUGCCCGAUGUGGUACAACAUGCUCCUGGUCUGCCCAAGACACGUUCGGGUAAAAUUAUGCGUCGCGUUUUGCGUAAGGUAGCUGUAAAUGAUCGUAAUGUAGGUGAUAUUUCAACACUGGCCGAUGAGUCAAUAGUUGAGCAAUUAUUUGCCAAUCGUCCCGUAGAAGGCAAGUAAAUUACUGGCACCCACAAAAA